AUGGCUUUGGCCUGUAGUUUCCUAAACACGGACGACGCUUCUCCGGCGGCUCUGACGGACCUGUGCCUCACCUAUGUGAGCCAGAACCUGGAGAGUUUCUGCGUCAAGCGCCCCGAUGGCUCUCUGUGCUUCAGGGAGGCUGUGCUGUUCCCACAGGAACUCGCAGACCAGCUGCUGGCCAAGAUGGCCACUGAAGGUCUGUUAAACGACAGCACAGUGGGCGUGUUCAGGAACUGCGAGUACUUGCGGUUGAGGCGAGCCUGCAUCCGUACAGCGCGGAUCUCUGCAGAGGCUUUCCAGAAAGCUUUAUGCCCCCACAGGCUGCUGGAGCUGGACGCUGCAAGGGUCAAUGCAGACCUAACCAUUCCUGACAUUCUGCAGGGUCUGGCAACCAAUAAAUACUGCCAGGAAUCCCUUCAGCGGCUCGUCCUGACCGGUCUCACCAUGUCCUCUCUGGAGGAGCCCAUUUGGUAUCAGUUCAGCGCCCUUCAAGGCCUGCGCUCCCUUUCGUUAGCCAAUGUGGACUUUUACGAUUCUGGGCUUGUUGACGUGUGCUCCCUGCCCCGGCUGGAGAGCCUUGACCUGUCCAACACUUCGGUCACGAACCUGAGCCCUGUGCUGGGCCUGAAGGAGCGGCUGCGCUCACUAACACUACACCAGCUGAAGAGGCUGGAGAUGAGCACUGCCCAGCUGCUGGGAGUCAUCGGACAACUGGACGUACUGCAGCACCUGGACAUUAGUGACGAUAAGCAGUUCACGUCUGACGUGGCUCGUCAGCUGCUCGGACAGCCAGGGAUCCUGCCCGCUCUGGUUUCCCUGGACGUCUCAGGGAGGAAGCAGGUGACGGAUGCAGCUGUUAGGGCAUUUGUUGAGGAGAGACCAGGGAUGACUUUUGUGGGACUUCUUGCCACAGAUGCUGGUUUUUCUGACUUCCUCUCAGGAGAAGGAAAUCUGAAGGUAACAGGCGAAGCUAACGAGACUCAGAUCUGCGAGGCGUUACGGCGAUACAGUGAGAGGGAGGGUUUUGUGAGGGAAGCCCUGUUUCAUCUGUUCAGCCUGACCCAUGUGAUGGAGAAACCAAGGCCUGACAUCCUAAAGUUGGUAGUUUUGGGAAUGAAGAACCACCCAGCAACUCUGAAUGUCCAGCUGGCAGCCAGCGCCUGUGUGUUCAACCUGACGAAACAGGACCUGGCAGCAGGAAUGCCAGUCAGACUGUUGAGUACUGUCACUCAGCUUCUGCUGGAGGCUAUGAGGACUUUCCCGAACCACCAGCAGCUGCAAAAGAACUGCCUACUGUCACUGUGCAGUGAUCGCAUUUUGCAGGAGGUUCCAUUCAACAGGUUCGAAGCUGCUAAACUGGUGAUGCAGUGGCUCUGCAACCACGAGGACCAGAACAUGCAGCGAAUGGCUGUCGCUAUCAUCUCCAUACUGGCAGCCAAGCUGUCCACUGACCAAACAGCCCAGCUCGGAGCAGAGCUGUUCAUAGUGAAGCAACUGCUCCACAUCGUGCGUCAGAAGGCCACUCAGGGCGUGGUGGAUGCAACCCUCAAAUUUACACUGAGCGCACUCUGGAACCUCACCGAUGAGUCGCCCACGACCUGCCGCCAUUUUAUCGAGAACCAGGGGUUGGAUCUGUUUAUCAAAGUUCUGGAGUUGCUGCACAUCCCUGUAGGUUAUGUUGACUCAUUGUUGUUUUGCGUCUGCAUUUCUGCCUCCCCCUCUCUGCAGUCCUUCCCCAAUGAAUCUUCCAUUCAGCAGAAGGUUCUCGGUCUUCUGAACAACAUAGCAGAGGUGGGCGAGCUGCACGGGGAGCUGAUGGUGCAGGGCUUCCUGGAUCACAUCAGCACGCUGCUGCACAGCCCAGAGGUGGAGGUCAGCUACUUUGCCGCAGGCAUCCUUGCCCAUCUAACAUCGCGCGGAGAGGAGGCCUGGACGCUCAGCCCCAGCCUCCGGUCCUCACUGCUCGAGCAGCUGCACGCCGUCAUUAUGAAGUGGCCUCCACCAGAGUGUGAAAUGGUCGCCUACAGGUCUUUUAACCCCUUCUUUCCUCUUUUGGAGUGCUUUCACACCCCUGGUGUCCAGCUGUGGGCGGCCUGGGCCAUGCAACACGUGUGCAGCAAGAAUGCUUCCCGGUACUGCAGCAUGUUGCUGGAGGAGGGCGGACUCCAGCAGCUGGAGCAGGUUCACACACACCCGCAGACCCACAGAGACGUCAAGCUGCUGGCUGAGAGCAUCCUGGAGAGCCUGCAGCGCCACAGAACCCGCACCGGCCAGCCGGCGCUCGCGGGUCGCCGGCCGCCGCCCCAGUAG